AUGCCUCUCAUGCAGCUCUCUGCCCUUAUGAUCCACUUCUGGAUCCUCCCAAUCAACCUCGAAAGGCCACAGGAGGACAAACCGCCAUGGAACUCAACAAUAUGGUGUAACGCUACUGAUGUCCAUUCUGGCCUCUUUCCAGAGGACGUCGCUUCUCUUCCCCAGUAUAUUGGUUGGGAUAUGGCUCAGAAAAAUGCUGUCUUGAGACUCUUCAACUCUGCAUUGAAUAAAAAUGCACAAGCGGUUUGGGAUUUGAUGGCACAUCCUCCAGCUGACUUGAAGGGUGCAGUGAAGAUCUGGACUGCCACCUGGAAGAAGAUGUGGGAUCGUGUCUGGGGAUUCAUGGCCAUCGAAAACGUGUUGAUCAAGACUGACUUCCAUCCCCAUUCCAUCAUAGAUAUCCCUGCGGACUUCAAGCCAGAACACCCAAUCCUCACCUCGCCUGUCUUGGUGAUCAUGGACCAAUUGCUCUCAGUUGCUUGGCAUCGAUUGACUGUCAAGAGCAAGAGAAUGGAGAAAGUCCUGGAGAGGCUGGAGAAGCAGGCAGUGGAGAAAUUCGAAAAACUCCAACAGCUCUUUGAAGAUGCUCCAUCAAAACUCACGGUUCCCAUGAUCAAGACCACAUCCCAGAUCAUCGACGAUUACUCCCUUCGUGCCCAACUUUUCCCCAGUGCCAACCGCAAAAAGCGCAUCGAGGAGAUGAAGGGAUUCAUGGGCAUGUUGUUCGCCAUCCUCGACAUCAAGGUCCAUGAACACGUUAUCACAAUAGACCGUACAAAAUUCAACACCAGCAUGCUCAACAUCUUGAAGAAACUUGCCACAGUGGAGCAGCUGAAAGAGCUGGAAGCAUACUGUGUGGAACUAUUUCAACUGACAGCUGAGGGACACUUGAUCGAAGACAUUUGA